CAUGCACCCCGGUUUCCACCCCGGCCGGCGCCAAUCCCAUUCUUUUCAAAUUCAUCCUUAUCAGGGGUAGGUCUAUUUAACGUCACUUACCCCAGAAAAUCCUAAUCCGUCAAUAAGGAAAUAAACCCCCCCCCCCCCCCCCCCCUGUGAAUUCAUUCCAUCUUCAACAAGGAAAUAACAGGCGACCUUUUCAGCUGCAGAGUUGGUGGCCUUUCUCUCUCUUUCCGUUCAAAAUGACUACUUUUUCAAGCUCUAUAUAAACCCCAAUCAUUGAACAAGACAACGACGUUCUUCUGUGCCUCCCAUUGUUUCCUCCACCAGAGAAAUUAUCUUUACCGUUCUCUUUUCCUCUUGUGCCCAUUUGGGUGUUCGAAUCCUUGGAUCAUUUUCGGGUUUGUUCUCUGGGUUCUCGGAAUCUCUCUCUCUCUUUGUGCAUGGUUUCCAAUAAGUUUCUCUCCGCCUAUUAUCCUAUUUUUCUAUCUCUCUCCGCUUGGUAUCCAAAAACCGUCCCUCAAAACCUUUACCAAACGACCCGUUUUGUGAUUUCGCCCCCUCGUUCCAAUCAUGGCUACGUCCAUUCCGUCUUUCGGGGGUAUAUCUCAGGGAAGAAUGAGUGAGACCGAGCCCGGUGCACACACUAUUAAGACUCAUGGAGCCAAAGUCGCGAAGAAGCACAAGCAUGACUGGCUCAUAUUGCUGCUUCUCGUGGUCAUAGAUAUUGUACUAAAUGUUAUACAUCCAUUUUACCGGUUCGUUGGGAAGGACAUGAUGACAGACCUAAAAUAUCCACUGAAAGACAAUACUGUGCCUGUCUGGGCUGUUCCAAUUUAUGCAGUUCUGUUGCCUAUUGUCAUUUUCCUUCUCGUCUAUAUCCGUAGAAGGGAUGUGUAUGAUCUGCACAAUAGCAUAUUAGGCCUCUUGUUUGCUGUCUUGAUAACUGGGGUCCUCACUGAUGCAAUAAAAGAUGGAGUAGGUCGUCCUCGACCAGAUUUCUUUUGGCGUUGCUUUCCAGAUGGAGUUGAUAAUUAUGAUCAGUGGGGUAACGUAGUAUGCACAGGUGAAGAUAGCGUUAUUAAAGAAGGACACAAGAGCUUCCCAAGUGGCCAUACUGCAUGGUCCUUUGCUGGUCUGGGAUAUUUAGCAUUGUACUUGGCGGGCAAGAUCAAGGCAUUCAAUCGCAAAGGACAUGUGGCAAAACUGUGCAUUGUUUUUCUUCCUCUCCUCCUUGCAGCUCUGGUUGGCGUUUCCCGGGUGGAUGAUUAUUGGCACCAUUGGCAAGAUGUGUUUACUGGAGGUCUUUUAGGCUUCAGUGUCGCAACAUUUUGCUAUCUGCAGUUUUUCCCACCUCCGUAUCAUACACAAGGAUGGGGCCCUUAUGCAUAUUUCCGAGCAUUGGAGAAGUUGGAGAAGUUGCGAUUGAACACACGACUCGGCCAUCCUUCCAAUGGACCUAAUGUGCAGGCUGCAGGGGCUCAAGUUAUGAAUCAACAAAUGGGGCUUGCAUUCACCCCGGAACCUGAAGAGGACAAAUCAAGCGAUGCGUUCAUCCCAGCAUAUGUGGGGCACAUAUCAAGCUCAUCAGAGGUAGACAUAGAACACGGGAGACGGUAAUUUGUACACGUCAUUGAGCUGUUUUGGACCAAGUUUGUUGAAGCAUGACGAGGCUCUUGGGAAAUUUCGGUCCGGAAACUCUAUAGCAAAGGCUAAAUUGAAUGUUUACCAUGUUCUCUUGUAACGUGCGUGAUUGUUUGUGUGGAUCGGAGUCAAAUCGGUUUUACACUUUUAUGUCAAGAAAUAUGAUAUGGUGCUAAUAUGGAACUUGAAAAAGUAGGAACAGCUAUUUGAUCG